AUGUACAGGUCACUUCGCGUCAAGGCGUGCCGCAUUCACUGUGCUUCUUUAGCCUUGUGCAUGCCACGUCGGGGUGCCGCUUCCGCCACGUGGUUCGGUGGUACGAGCAGCUCGGACUCCCUCAUGGGCACCGUGAAGGGGCUCGUGGGGUGCCUCUGCGGCAUUGGCCUCGUCAACUUGUGGUGCAGGGGCAAUCUGUUGGGGCAGGUGGAGACGGAAAGCGAUGUGUGCAUUCCUCUGGCAACGCUACGCGCACACGUCCCGGAGCCAACAAACGACGGCUUUGUUGAUGGCUCGAGUGAUUCUGAGCGGCGCUGA